AUGUGUAGAAAAGUUAUUCAAGGACAGAAAGGAUCUACUGGAAAUUUUCUUAGCCACAUCAAGUAUAAACAUCCAGGGAGUCUUUCAAAAGUAAAGGCAGCAAAAUAUAGUUCCAAAUUCAAAAAGUCAACAAAUGAUUCAACAUUGCCUUCUGUGAACACACAAUCAAAAUUAUCGUUUGGACAGUCAACUACAAUUUCAAAAUCUAAAGUGACUAAUCUGGUUUUUGAAUAUAUAGUUGAAGAAAUGCGACCCAUGGUAACCUGUGAAAAACCAGCUUUUCGGCGUUUAAUCAAGGGCCUAUCUGGAAUCACAGAAAAUAUUGCUCUUCCUGAUAGACAAGUGAUGUUAAAAAAGUUAAAACUUGAAUAUUUGUCAUAUAGUUCUAUGUUAACUAAACUUAUUUCUGAGCAUAACUUUAUAUGUACUACUGCCGAUAUUUGGAGCUGUAACAACAAAAGUUAUUUAGGCAUGACAUGUCAUUUUAUUAACGAAAAUACUUAUAGUAGAUCAUCUUACGUUCUAGGAUGUAGACGUAUAAAAGGUAGUCAUACUUAUGAUAAUAUUGCUGAGAUUAUUAACGAAAUUACUCAAACCUAUAAAAUUAAUAACUCUAAAAUCUCGCACACCGUUACUGACAAUGCUAGUAACUUCGGAAAAGCAUUUAGAAUAUUUUAA